AGAAAGAUAGCCUAGCUUGUAAGUUGUAAGCUUGCACUCUUUAUUGACUUACUGUCUAAUGCCCUUGCUUGCAGUUUACACUGAGCUGAAGAAGGUAGAAGAGAUUGUUGGAGUUUAUCGAGAUUUAGCUUCAAUUAGUUUACCAACCUCUGCACAAGUUCGAUCUGUUGAUGACCAGUUUCUUGCUGUAACAACACAAUGGAGUCAGCGAGAUCUAGAAAAGUCAGAGAAAACAAAUUUUACUGUGAAUUAUAUUUUGAAUGCCCAGGAUUAUUCUGUUCUGAUCAAAACACCAAGUCAAGAAGUAAAAAAUGAAAUCUGGAAAAAAGAAUCCCCUUCAGGAAAAUAUCAUGCUGUUGUUACAUCCUGGAAAAAUAAAAAAGGAGAGGAGAAACAAUUUAUUGAGAUUUGGAAUAGCCAAGGGAAGAUAAAAAAUUACGAUGUUUGUUCACAAGAGAAACAUGGCAAAGUAAACAACAAAGAUGAUACUUUUGGUUGUUUGCAAUGGUCUAAUAAUGAAGAGAAGCUUCUAUAUACAUCUGAAAGAAAACUUCCUAAAACUAAAAGUUUUUUUGGAACUACAAAUGGAAAUGAUGACAAAAAGGAAGAAAAGGACAUUGUUUUGGGUAAGGAACAUUAUACAGUAGAAGAUUGGGGUGAACAGUUAGUAAAGAAAUCAUGUUCUGUAAUAUGUAUACUAGAUAUUAAGUCAGGAACAAUAGAAGUAUUAGAUACACCUGCUGAUCUCUCUUGUGGACAGGCAUGUUGGGGUCCAGAAGAUAAUACAGUAGUAUUUACAGGCUGGAAUAAUGAUCCUUUUAGAUUGGGAUUGAAAUAUUGUACACAACGACAGAGCGCUGUGUACACUUAUGAUUUGAAAACACAGAAAAUAACAUCAAUAAGUGAUAAAACACAAUCUUCUAGAUCUCCAAAUAUUAGUCCUGACCAAUCAAAACUGGUUUAUUUUGAUCAGCCAAUAGGAGGAGCUCAUAAACAAUGUUCUAGAUUGAAAAUGUAUGAUUUUAAAACUCAGACUAAUCAAGUUAUAUUAGAUAUUGUACAUAGACCAAAAGAUGAAGUAUGUAAUGGUAUAUAUGAAGAUGUGUUGAUGUCAAGAUGUUGGAGUCAUGAUAGUAAACAGAUUAUAUUGUCAACAAGUUACAGGAGUAGAACUGUUUUAUACUGUAUAAAUGUGGAAACUAAAACAGUUCGUCAGCUGAAUGGAGGAAUAAAAGAUGGUUCAAGCAGUAUUGUUGAUAUUUAUAAGGAUAUUAUCAUUAUUUCUUGUACCUCACCAAACACACCACAACAUCUAAUGGUAGGAAAGUUGCUGUCCAACCCCGGUGAAGAAAUAAAAUGGCAUUAUCUUAACCAACCUGAGAUAGAUAAUAACAUAUCAUUCCACCUAUCUUCCCAUCAACCUACUACUGACAGAAAACAUUCCAAAUAUGGUUAUUUAGAUUAUGAGACUAUAUUAGUUCUUCCAAAGACAACUGAUGAUAAAAAACCACCAUUGAUUCUCUUUCCUCAUGGAGGUCCACAUACAACAUUUGAUACUUUAUAUAUGAUGUACGUAGCUGGCUUCUGUAAAUGUGGUUUUGCUGUUUUGAUGGUAAAUUAUCGAGGAUCUCUCGGUUUUGGACAAGAUAGUGUUGAGUCAAUACUAGGGAAUAUUGGUGAUCAAGAUGUCAAGGAUUGCAAGGCAGCAGCAGAUGAAAUAAUUUCAAAAGGACUUGUUGAUGGUCAGAAAGUUUUUAUGUUUGGUGGCAGCCAUGGUGGUUUUCUUACAACACAUCUCAUUGGUCAAUAUCCUGAUUUUUUCCAAGCUGGAUGUUGUCGUAAUCCAGUAACUAAUCUAACUGUAAUGACAGGAGUAACAGAUAUUCCAGAUUGGGUGUAUGUAGAAUCAGGGUUUGAUUAUAAUCAUUCAUGUUUAUUAAAUCCUAGCUAUAGUGAAGAAAUGUGGAAACGUUCCCCUAUUAGAUAUGUAGAUCAGGUGAAAGCUCCAUUAUUGUUAAUGAUUGGUAAAGAUGAUCUACGUGUUCCACCUUCACAAGCUAAAGAAUAUUACAGAGCUCUAAAAACUAGAAAUAUUAAAACAAGGUUGAUUGAAUAUGAAGAUAAUUGUCAUCCUAUAGUAAAAGUGGAUUCAGAAGCCGAUGCUUUUGUGAAUAUUAUGUUAUGGUAUAAAGAACAUUCCUGAUUACUGAAAAAUAAACAGGAUCAAAGAAUCUAUUUUAAAAGAUUGAUCUAGAAAUCCGUCUUGCUCCCAAGUCUGAUAUGCUUUUCAAUAAUAAAUCAAUAAGAUCAUAAUAGACAAUAUAAUACUAAUAAUUCAAGGUUUGAUACCUAUCAGAUCUUUAAACAUUUGAGUUCUUUCACUUAUAUAAUCUUAUUUAUCAUUAUACUGAAAAGAAAGGGUUAACCUUAAAAAAGAAACAAAAAUCAACAAUGGUUCAAACUUGUUUAACUCCAUAUUGAAAAUUAUUUUUAAAAUGGCGUGUGUAAAAACUUUCAACAAAAGAUCUUGAUGCAGAAAUAUAAUUAUAUUGGGACUUUAUUUUUAUACAUUCUACUCAAAAAGUGCCUUUAAUUGAUGUUUUUUUUUAGUUGAAUACAAAUCGAUAUCAACAUAAUAUUUAAGAUUCAAAGCAGCAUCUAUAUUUGUAUGGAUGUAAUUAAAAAUUUUUUUUUUUAAAUGAAAUGUAUUGAUUUGUACAAUAGAAUGUUAGUGUUAUUUGUAACUGAGAUUGAUUAUGCUUGUUUAAAUAAAUAAUGUUAGGUCAUU